GCAGUUAAAAAUGUACGUGAAAUUUUCGUCGAUAAUUUUAUUUCUUGCUAUUGCAUCAUCCGAAUGCUCAAGAAUUCUGUUCAUCCAUCCAUGCAUAAGCAGAUCCACAGUGCUUCCUCUACAAGUACUAGCUAAGGAUUUAGCUAAGAAGGGGCACGAUGUGACUUUUGUAUCUUUAUAUCCAUUUGACAAGAAAGUUGAAAAUUAUCGCGACAUCAAAAUUGAACCGAGUGAGGAAAUAGCAAAAUUCUAUGAGGAAGGUGGCAAGAAUGUUGUUGACAAACCAAAUCCACUGAAGAUGAUGAAAAUGUUUGAUAAAGUUGCUUUUCAACUAGGCAACGAGACAUUACAAUCAAAGGAAGUAAGAGGCUUAAUGAAUGAGCAAUUUGAUCUUGUCAUAACCGGCUACUUUUUAAAUGACUUCUUGCUUGGACUUGCUGAUCAUUUUAAAUGCCCAUCAAUUGUUUUCUUUUCUGCAAGUUUUGUAUCACCAAUAAAUUUAAUGGUUGGAAAUCCAUUGUCACCCGAAGGAGCACCUCAUAUAUUCUCACAGUCUAAUGAAUUGAGUACAUUGACCCAGCGAGUUAAGAACUUCUUGAUGAAUAUUAUUGACAGAGUUAUUAUCAAAAAUGUUGCUUAUUACAAGUCAAAGAAGAUAUAUGAAUUCAACUUUCCACCAGAUAAAUACCGUUCUUAUGAUGAAGUGAUUAGAAGUGUAUCCUUGGUUCUUGUCAACACUCACUUCACAUCAUCUGGACCACGUCCACUAUUGCCUAAUCUCGUUGAAGUUGGUGGAUUACAAAUCAAACCCAAUCCAUCUCCAUUACCAGAGGACCUCAAAACAUUCCUUGACGAUGCCAAAGACGGUGCCAUUCUCUUCAGUUUCGGAUCAAAUGCCAAAAGUAUUUACAUUCCUGAAGACAAACAGAAAAUCAUUCUCAAAGUCUUCUCAAAGCUCAAGCAACGCGUAAUUAUGAAAUGGGAAUCUGAUGUUCUUCCUGGUAAGCCUGAUAAUGUGAUGAUCAGCAAGUGGCUUCCACAAAAUGAUGUCCUGGCUCAUCCAAAUAUCAAAGCAUUCAUCUCACAUUGUGGAUACGGAGGUGUAAUUGAAGGCAAAUCAAAUGGAGUCCCAAUUAUUGGAAUUCCGUUUGUUGGUGACCAGAAUGGAAAUGCUGAUAAGAUUGUUGAAGAAGGAUGGGCAAUAAAAGUUCAGUUGGCAGAUGUAACUGAGGAAAAUUUAAUGAACGCAUUAAAAGAAAUAUUGAACAAUCCAAAGUACAGAGAUACUGUAAAAAAGCAAGCAUUUUUAGCAAAGGAUAGACCAAUGAGUGCCCAAGAUACUGCAGUCUACUGGGUUGAGUAUGUUUUGAGACACAACGGAGCUCCUCACUUGCACUAUCCAGGAGCUGAUCUCAACUUCUUCCAAGCUAAUUCAAUCGAUGUGAUCCUCUUCAUCUUUGCCGUCAUUUAUGCAGUGUUCAAAGUCAUCAAACUCAUUUGUGGAUUCAUAUUUUGUAGAAGUAAAAAAGGCAGCAGUAAGAAAUUAAAAAGAAAUUAA